AGGGGCCGUGACGUGAGUCGGUACACAACGUAUCUCUGUGGUGCCCGAGAUUAUCCUGAUAGCAUGGAUGCGAUGCGUAUCAUCCUUAAAGAACAGGAUUUAAUUCCGGAUGCAGUUUUGCUGCUUGAGGAAGCAUAUAAAGGAGAUGCCUCCCCACCAGUAGCUUUGUUACGACAACCCAUUUUCAUUGCACUUCUAGCAGAUGCAUUAUUUGCAAGUUCUGAUAGAUUGUUAACUGAACAAUUAGAGCAAUAUGCAUACCUUUACAGCUAUGCUGCAGUGGUCGUUGAAGAGAUUGAACCUACUACUGAAAGACGUAUCUCAUGUAUACGUACUGAAGUUGAUGAAGCAAAACGUGAAGUUUUAGAAGCAAGUCGAAUUUGUAGACAAUGGAACAAUAUGUCUGGCAGUGGAAUUAGUUUACGUGCUUUCCGAGACCUUCCAUCGCUUUUGAGAUGUUUAUCAUGUCGACCUGUUUCACUUGGUGUAUUUCGUUUCGUUCGGGUCGUUUUUCAUACGAAACGUGUCGAUUUUGAAUUAAAUAUGGACACCAUGAAACCUUACUGUAUAGUAGUGAAUGAAUUGGCUGAGGUCAAUGAAUAUUUACGUCCAGCUCUCUUAGCAUUUAUCACAGAAUUACUGGCUUCUUCAGUUGAAGGAAUGGAAGACUUGAGUCAGUUAGAAUACAAACGAAUGUUGGUCGGAUUACUUGUUCAUUUACUAUCAUGUGGCCAUGUACUUCCUGUAAUAAACACAAUGCAUAGACUGUUUUUACGCAAUCGUGUUGAUGUUUCUAUUGUUCGCCAUUUUGUUACAGAAGUCCUAAAAGUGGCGGGACAACCGUAUGCAACGUUCUUCAUGAAUGCAUUACAUCCUCUGGUUGUCCAUCCAGAUAUCAGUGAUGGUUUGAAAGGGGGAAAAGACACAGAUUACGUGAAUGAAUUCCUCGAGUAUUAUGAAAAAGAAAACUCGCUAUCGCCAAGUUAUUAAUAUGUCAUCUUAUGACUUCUGUUGUACAUAAUAUGUUCUCUAUAAUUACAAUGUUUUUUUAAGUUCUUCAUUUAUUGAAUUAUUACAUCCCUUGCAGUGGUACCGACGUAAGCUAUUCGAGCUCGGAAUAUUUUAUUCUAAAACCAGUGGUGUGGUUAUUUCGAUAUUUUGAGUCGCGAUUUGGUUUAAACAAUCAUCUUUCAAUCAUUCAACGAAGUGCUCGAAUCAGUACUGUGACAUCGAAAUAUGACAUAACCUAGUUUGAUAAACUUAUCAAAAUUGCAAUGUAUUUUGGCUGACUUUUCUCCAACGAAAUAUGUCGUGAAACUUAGUCUAUGCGGGAACUUAUGUAGACAUUAUGGUUUAUUAACUUAGUUGAGUUUUAUAAAAAGAUUGUACCACGACUGUUGUUUACUUAACAGUAUUAUGAAAAACAGUUUGUCAAUGAUUUUGCUAUCUAAAUAAAUUGCAUAACUGUUUAUUUAUUUUAAUUUGAGUGAUUAAGGUCGAAUUAACAUCUCUGUUUUGCAUGAGGUUUUAUCUUUUUUUAAUAAGUAGUAUGAUGAAAUUCUUGGUUUAAAUGAGUCCACUUUGCUUCUCUCUUAUAUUAUCCUGUGUAUUUUGAUUUAAUUACCUUUAAAUGUAUAUAGGUAUGUUCUUGAUUACUGGAUGG